GUAUCUUAUUUUUUUAACUGUUUAAAUACCUACAAAAAUGCUCAAAUCUGCAUACUUGUUCCCUUAGAUUUCCUCAAUUUUCUCGAUCUCUUCCAACCUCGAUUCAAAUUUCACACAAACAACUACAAGCCCUAAUUCCCCUUUUUAUAUCUCUGUAUCUAUCAUAUAUAUCUAUAUAUCGGACAUAUACGAGCCAUUUUAACCUAUCGGUAUCUUCCUUCUCUCUCUGCUUUUUAGUUUCUCUCUCUCUAGACAACCAGACACUCUAUUUUUGUAAUACUGUUGGGUUUCCUCAAAAGAUAUCUUGAAAAUUUAGAGGGUUUCGAAUGGUGAGAGGAGACUGAGGUGGAAAUUGACUGGUUUUGUGGUUCAGAAAGAUCGAAGAAAAAGGGAAACCGAAGAUGGCAUCUACAGAGGCCGAGUUAGAGCAACAGCUUAAGGAGGCAGGGAAACAGUUAUCACAUCCCCCGGAUUCGGUCGAUGGACUUCUCCCUGUUCUUGAUCAAGUAGAGAAACUUCUAUCAAAAGUUGACCAGUCCCCGAAAAAGUCAAUGCUAGAUGCACUGAAACCAUCAAUGAGAGCAUUGAUUCAAGACAGCCUUUUAGGGCAUUCAGAUGUGGAUGUGAAGGUUGCAGUUGCUUCAUGCAUCAGUGAAAUAACAAGAAUCACAGCACCUGAUGCACCCUACAAUGAUGAUCAAAUGAGGGAUGUUUUUCAACUGAUUGUUUCCUCCUUUGAGGAUUUAUCAGACCAAUCUAGUCGAUCUUAUAACAAAAGGUCAUCAAUUCUUGAAACUGUUUCCAAAGUUAGAUCAUGUGUCAUCAUGCUUGAUCUUGAAUGUGAUGAGCUGAUUGUGGAGAUGUUUGAGCAUUUUUUAAGAUCAGUAAGGGAUUAUCAUCUUGAAUCCAUAUAUUCAUCCAUGGAAAAUAUAAUGGUAUUGGUUUUAGAAGAAAGUGAAGAAGUUUCAGUUGAAAUGCUCAAACCAAUCUUGGCUAGUGUUAAAAAAAAUAGUGAGGGAGUUUUACCAAUAGCUAGAAAGUUGGGGGAAGGGGUGAUUUUGAAAUCUGCAGCUAAGUUAAAGCCUUACUUGAUGCCAGCUGUCAUAUCUUUAGGUGAUACAUUAGAUAUGUACACUCAAGUUGUGGCUUCAGUAUGUGAAGGGACACCUGCUACAAUUGAACAUGAUGAUGAAAAUGCUUCAGGGGUACAACUGGCCAAUGAGAGCAAAUCAACAAAGGGAUCUCUAGAUGAUGCACAACAGGCUGAUGAGAGUAAGCUUACAACAGCAUCAUCAGAUCACACGGAUCAGGUGGUUAAAGAAGAUACAUGUCAUGAUGAUGAAGAUCCUACUUUAGACAGAUCUCCAAAAUCAGUUAUGAGUAAUGGAGUGAAGGGGGAUGAAGAAGCUUCAGUUGAUCAAGAACCUUCAAAGAAGCCACAAGAAGACAAAAACGAACAGAAACUUGAUCUUGAUGAUGGUGAUGAGUCAGAUGCUGAUGUGGCAAAGCCGGAAUCAAAACCAGAACAGACUUCCAAAAGUACAAGGACUAAAUCCGACACAACAGUAAACUCCGGGGAGCCUUCUGAUUCUUCUCAUGUUGAAGAAACCGAAAAAGACGAAAACGCCCCUGAAAGUAAAGCUGAGAAUGUUUCUUCCCCUUCCCCUUCUCAAAGUGACAGCCUUCCAGAUGAAAGCCAAGUCAAGAGACCCGUCAGGUCCAAAAAGAAACAACCACUUCAAAAAGACGAAAACGCCCCUGAAAACGCCACCUCCCCAUCCAAAUCCGGGAGCCCGAAGAAAACCGGGCGGGCCAAGAACAAGGCGGUUGCUGCCAAAGUUCCGGCCGCCGCCAUUGAUGAAUCGGAAGAUGGUGGUGCCGCUAGUGAUUCUGAUGAUGAUAAUAAGCCUCUGAAGAAGGCUGAUAAGAAAGUGGACGCGGGUAGUUCAGGGGCAAAACCGUCAAAACCAGCAGGGAAGAAAGGGAAGCAGAGCGGUAAGAAAAUGGAUGUGGGUGAAUCAGGGGCAAAAUCGUCAAAACAGGGGAAGAAAGUCGAUGAGAGUGUAAAUGUGAAACAAUCUGUGAAGAAAGGAGAAGAAGAUAGUGAUUCAGAUGCUAAACCACUGAAGCUGUCAGUUAAGAAGGGGGAGAAAAGUAAAAAUGUUGAGGAAGAUGAGGAAAGUGAUUCAGAUAGUAAGCCACUGAAGGUGUCUUCUGCUGCUAAAAAGGAAAAGGAGCAAACAAAAUCUUUAUCGGGUGAUGAUGAGAUGGAGGAGUCUUCUCCAAAGGGCACCCCAGGGAAUAGUUCAAAAAGGAAGCGUAAUACAGUAAAAGAUAAAGUGAAGUAUGAUAAAAGCCUGGUUGGUUUGAAGGUCAAAGUUUGGUGGCCUGAAGAUAAAACGUAUUAUGAAGGUGUUAUUGAGUCAUUUGAUUCUGCUAAAAAGAAGCAUAAGGUUUCAUAUGUGGAUGGAGAUGAAGAGAUAUUGAAUCUGAAAACACAAAAAUGGGAGAUUUUGGAACAACGGGAUGAGGAGCCAAUCGCCGAAGACCAAAAUGAAGAAGAAGACGAAGCACACAAAAAGAAGAAAUCAAAAACCGACCCCACACCAUCUGCUUCUAAAGAUUCUGCCAAAAGAGUUGGUGCCACGUCAUCAUCUGCCAAAUCAAAAGACAACAAAUCCACAUCUCAAAAAACCGGCGCCAAGUCAACCGAUGCAGCCGCCGGAAAGUCAAAGGAAGACGAAGAGACACCAAAGUCAAAGACGGUCAACAAGUCAAAAGGUAAAACCCCUCAGACCAGCACCAAGUCCAAUUCCAAUUCCAACGGGCCCGGGAAGGCGAAAUCCGGUUCCGAGGAAGCGAAAACUCCGGAAUCCACAAAGGGCGGGUCAAAAAGUGGAAAGAAACGAAAGAAGAGGAGUUAAGAGAGACAGGUGGAAGUGGAUGGGGG